CCGUCUCAUUUAUUCAUUCAUUAUCAUUACACUGCAUUAAGAACUAUCUCACUGUGUGCUGUUUUGUAUAUUUUCACACUUAGAUUACAGUUUUUCGAAUGGGUUCAGAGGGACAGCAGGAUAUUGAAAUGGCCAUUCUCACGGCUUUGUUAAAAGGCACAAAUGCUUCAGCAGCGGAUCAGCUCAGUUUGGCUCUGGCUUGGAACAGAGUGGACAUUGCGCGCAAUCACAUAUUUGUUUAUGGACACAAUUUACCUCCUGCUGGUGCCAUUGCCAACACUGCUACGUCUGCAGCCUACGCUCAAGAGAAGCAGAGGAGUCCUGCUAGCGUGCCCCGCAACAAGACCAGAGCAAAGAAAGGGAAGGGCAAAGGAAAGGCAAAGCCUGAACCUCCAGAGGAAACCGACCCGAGAAAGCUGGAGUUGAUUCGUUGGGUGAACUCUCUGGAGCAGGCCAUGAUGGACGCUCUAGUGCUGGACAGGGUGGACUUUGUCAAACUGCUCCUUGAGAACGGAGUCAACAUUCACCACUUCCUCACCAUUCCCAGACUGGAGGAAUUAUACAACACGAAACUUGGACCUGUUAAUUCACUGCAUGCAGUGGUUAGGGAUGUCAAAAAGGGAAACCUUCCUCCAGAUUAUCAGAUCACUUUGAUUGAUAUUGGUCUAGUGUUGGAAUACCUCAUGGGUGGAGCAUACAGGAGCAAUUACACCAGGAAGGCUUUCAGAAACCUCUACAAUAAUUUGUAUGGACUAAAAAGGCCGAAAGCUCUGAAGCUUCUGGGAAUGGAGGACGAUGAACCGAGGCCAAAAGGCAAGAAAAAGCCAAAAAAGAAGAAAGAGGAGGAAGUGGAAAUUGACGUGGACGAUCCUGAGGUCUGUCGAUUCAAGUACCCGUUCCAUGAGCUGAUGUUGUGGGCAGUGUUGAUGAAACGACAGAAGAUGGCACUGUUCCUCUGGCAGCGUGGGGAAGAAGCUAUGGCCAAAGCCCUGGUGGCCUGCAAACUGUACAAAGCUAUGGCCCAUGAGUGUUCUGAGAGUGAACUGGUGGACGACAUGUCCCAAGACCUGGAGAACAACUCCAAAGAAUUUGGCCAGUUGGCCUAUGAACUGUUGGAUCAGUCCUACAAGCAUGAUGAGCAGGUGGCUAUGAAGCUCUUAACGUACGAGUUAGUUAAUUGGAGCAACUCCACCUGUUUGAAGCUGGCAGUGGCUGCUAAGCAACGUGACUUCAUCGCCCACACCUGCAGCCAGAUGUUGCUCACUGACAUGUGGAUGGGCUGUUUGAGGAUUGGCAAAAACCCUGGUCUCAAGGUUAUUCUGGGAAUCAUCUUUCCUCCUCUGAUUCUGCUCUUGGAUUUCCGCCUUGGAGAUGACACCUCGUAUCAUGUACCUGGGAAAGAAGAGGGAAAAGAGAAGGAUGACGACACAAAAUCCAGCAAGGAACCUAAUACUGACGGGACUUCCCGAAAGGGAGAUGAAGAAGAAGGCAGCACUAAAGUCAGCAAAAUCCCCGUUGCCAAGAGGUUUUUUGAGUUUUACGAUGCUCCCUUCACCAAAUUCUGGUUCAACACUAUUUCCUAUCUAGGCUAUUUGAUGUUAUACAACUACAUUAUCCUGGUGAAAAUGGAACGCUGGCCCUCUAUUCAAGAGUGGACUGUCAUUGCAUACAUCCUCACGCUUGGCACUGAAAAAGUCAGACAGAUUCUGAUGUCAGAACCGGGGAAGCUGAAGCAGAAAAUUAGCGUGUGGCUGGAGGAGUACUGGAACAUCACAGACCUGGUGGCUAUUGCCACCUUCCUCCUCGGCCUCAUGCUACGGCUGCAGCAUGAACCCUACAUGGGCUACGGCAGAGUCAUCUACUGCAUCGACAUCAUCUUCUGGUACAUUCGUGUCCUGGACAUCUUUGGAGUCAACAAAUACCUAGGACCCUAUGUGAUGAUGAUAGGGAAAAUGAUGAUCGAUAUGAUGUACUUUGUAGUGAUCAUGCUGGUGGUGCUUAUGAGCUUUGGGGUGGCUCGCCAAGCCAUCCUUCACCCUGAGGAGGAGCCAAGUUGGCGUCUGGCCAGAAAUAUUUUCUACAUGCCCUACUGGAUGAUCUACGGAGAGGUUUUUGCUGACUCGAUAGACCUCUAUGCGAUGGAAAUAAACCCUCCGUGUGGUGAACAUUUAUAUGAUGAGGAUGGAAAGAAACUGCCUCCAUGCAUCCCUGGUGCAUGGCUCACACCUGUCAUUAUGGCCUGUUAUCUUCUGGUGGCAAACAUUCUUCUGGUCAACUUGCUUAUUGCAGUAUUCAACAACACCUUCUUUGAAGUCAAGUCCAUUUCCAAUCAGGUGUGGAAGUUCCAGAGGUAUCAGCUGAUCAUGACUUUCCAUGACCGACCCAUUCUGCCUCCCCCUCUCAUCAUCUUCAGCCACCUCUACAUACUCUUCAACCGGCUGUUUCGCCGGUGUGCCAGGAAGAAACAGGAGGGAGAGCUUGACGAGAAGGACAGAGGCCUCAAGCUUAGGCUGAAUCCAGAGGAGCUGAAAAACCUGUAUGAGUUUGAAGAACAGUGUGUGGAGGAAUAUUUCCGCGAGAAAGAGGAUGAACAGCAGUCUUCCAGUGACGAGCGCAUCAAGGUUACCUCAGAGAGAGUUGAGAACAUGUCCAUGCGCCUGGAGGAGGUAAAUGAGAGGGAGAACACUAUGAAGGCGUCUCUACAGACGGUGGAUCUGCGCCUGGCCCAGCUGGAGGAGAUACACGGUCGAAUGGCAGUUGCCUUGGAAAAACUUGCUGGAGUUGACAGACUGGAGUUAACCAGAACCCAUUCAAGAAACUCCUCCGUUUGUGAUCCAUCAUCCCUCCUUCGCCAGGGCAGCAUCAACAGCGCUGAUGGUUACAGCCUUUACCGCUUCCACAUGGACAUGGAGGAGUUUGCAUCAAAGCAAAAGGACACGGAUGAAACGACAAAGACCAGUGUGGAAAGACAGAAUAGUCUGCGGCAGGCCUCCAGUGUGUGCACUCUCAACACAAAGGAAGGGGGUCAGACCUUGGAAGUAUCGGGUUUGGCAAGAUCCAGACCUAGUUCAUGUGUGGACAUUCUUAUCUCUCCAUGUGAACAAAAGCCUGCAUCUGCAGCGUCAAGUCAAGAGACCAUAAAACAAGGCAGCACAAUGCUGCUAAACAGCCUAACAGACAAAAAUAGACUCAGGCCUUCCUUCGCUCCAAAAAGGACUGAAUCCCUAAGACACUAUCCAGCUGAAGACCAACCCAAGUCUCCUCUGACGAAGAGAAGAUCCAUGAGCACCAUCAUUAUCAGCCCUCCUGAUGAACCAGAGGCAAUGGCUGAACCCACAAACAAGGCUGAACUGUCAGUGGGGAGCUCCUUUUCUCCAAAAAGGACAAAAUCUCUAAAACAUAUCCCAUCAGAAACCCAAAGUCAAGCUUCCCCUGUCACAAAGAGGAGACCUAUGAGCAGCGGCAUCUACAACCCAGAUGACGCAGGUAGUAAUAUACAGAAGGUCACCCCCAGCCAGUGGCCACCAAACCUCGAGAACCAGGUGCCUCCCAGCCCAGUUGGACACAUGCCUACAUUCUCAACAGUCAAAACUCAUGCACAGCAGAUUCAAAUACGCACAGCACCUGCAGAACCUAAAAAAGACGAGAGUCAAAUUGAACCAAUUCCUUCAGAAAGCAGGGAAAGUGUUCCAGCAUGGGAACCCGAUGAAGACCAAGCAAAGCCCAAGGUGGAGAGAAACAUGUCAGACAGCGCGGACUGUCUGACUGUGGAUGAAAAGUAUUUGCCGUCCCAGAGGUCCCAGAGCUGGAAUGCCAGCGAGAGGAAAGCAAGGUACCCAAUGGGCAGCAAGGAACCGAGAGCCUCAAACAGCGAGAGAGACCUAGUCGAAGCGCUCAGGGUGUCGGCGGUUGGAGGGGAAGGUCAGGAGAAGAAGAUGGUUGGAGAAAAGUGAAGCAAGAAACGCAAGAGACUGAUUCAAGCUGCAAGAGGAAUCCAUAAAAAAAGUGUGAGAUGAGGCUCCUAUUAAUGGGAGAGCACUGUUGACUGGGUUAAAAAAAAGCUUUCACAAUAAUGAUAAUAAAAAAACAGUAAUAAAAGCACACCAAACAUUACAACGCCACCUUGUUGAACACCAACUUUCUUUACUGUCCUUAAGUUUCACUGGAGUAACAUACAGUAGCUUACACAGACGAUCAUUCACUUGACUUUCCCAGUCAUUGUUAGUUUUGAGAUGAAAGGCAGGUAGAAGUAAUCCUUCACAACAGUGGGGUGUGCUUAAACAUUCAUUAUGUGAACAGCAAAAACAUGAACUUUCUUCACAUGGCUGACACAGUCAAAUACCGUCUGUAAACAUGUUCUUUUCUUAUAUUGUAAUGUGCUUAAUAAUGAGCCUCUUGGAGGAAAACCCUGCAACCUUCAUGCAAAUACUGACAACUGCAUAACAAUAUG